CUGCUUCUCUGGAUAAAAAACUAAAACAAGUGUAUAGUUCACUGGCAAUGGAGGGAACUGAGUCAACCACUAGAGAGAGAACAACAGGAAGGGAUGGGAGUCAGGCGCCAGACCACACGCUGCUGAUGUCCAGCAAACCUCUGCAUCGCUUCAUCCAAAAAGAGCCGAGAAGUCUUGGGAUUGUCAUUCUGAUCUUUGGCUGUGCUGAGCUUCUGAUGGGAUUUCAGCUGUCCAAAGAAAAGGAGUCCACUUCUUGUGGAAUCUACAUUCCCUUCUGGCAGGGAGUUCUGUUUCUUCUCUGUGGAAACCUGUCUAUCUACACUGAGAUGCAGCCAUCCAAGAAGAUGGUGACUGUGUGUUUGGCUAUGUAUGUGGUUUCUCUUUUGGGAAUCGUGGUGUCAGUUGGCUUCAGGAUGUACCUCUUCGUCCAUUAUGAAUACCUUAAGCACAGAGCAAGAUACUAUACAGAGGGGAUUUGGGCCGAAUACAGAGUGAACCAGCUUUUUGGUAUUGAAGGCCUAUUGUUCACUUCCUCUCUGUGUGUGUCUGUGCUUCUCAUCUUCUUGUGUGCCGUUGCACGUUUGGCUCUGAAAUCCACACACACUCAGGUUAUUGUCCAGCACAUCCCAGCCCCACUGAACGACACACCAACAUCCAGCUAAUCACAACCUUUUCAAGUGUUAUUCUACAAUAUCUUACAGAGGUUUUCCUGCAUCAAACCGACCGUGAAAAAGUUACAUCAUUCUGUACAGUAUAUUACAUGUGGAUGUUACACCACCUAGUGGGAGUAGCCCUAUAAAGUCCAGCCACAGCAUUUUUUAGUUACCUACAUUUGCAUUUCAUUCUAAAGUAGCCCAAGUGUAAAUGCAGUAAUUAAUGCAUUACUGAACUACAUUUAUUUUUGCUUUUAUAUAAUACCACAGAUGUGAGUUGAGAAUUGUUUUACUAAUGCAAAGUAAAGAAGUACAAGAAAACCAAGUACA